AAUUAAAUUAAAGAGGAGACCGAAAUUCUCGAUAUAAAAAUCAUAUUCUGAUUAAAACAAAUACUAUAUCCUGUUCUGGGCCAGGAGCUGUAUUUAGAAUGUACAAGCGUGUGUGCUUCAUCGAUUAUAGCAGUAAGAGUUUAUCGAUCGGUAUCGGUAACAUUAAUCAGCUGCGUGCGUAAUUAGCGCUUUUGGAGGUCUGAGAUUAAUGUUCUGUACAACAGAAGCACAGUGUAUUCUACGGAUGGUUGAUAGUCACAGUGGGUGGAUCCAGUUUGAAUGGACGAAGAGUACAGAAUGUGAUUUUCCCCUGAAAACAACGGCUGGCUGGAAUCAAAGAGCAAGAUACCUUCUAAAUAAAACGACAGUCAUCGAUUGCCUGCUGAACUGAAGUGAGCAUCCUUGAACAAUGGCCCAUUCAGCAUCCAUACUGUGCAUCAUCUUCACGUGCAAUCUCUUGACUGUAGCCUGGACACAAGAGAUAACCUAUACUGUCAUGGAGGAACAUGAGGCUUACACUGUGGGGAACUUGGCAACGGAUCUCGACAUCGAGACAUCUCAGGACACACGUUUUCAGCUCCUCACGGCCACUUGGGAGAACCAAACUUACUUUCUUCUCAAUGGUGAAACGGGAGAUAUUUCAACCACGCAGCCGAUCGACAGGGAGACCAUCUGUGCUCUCAACAGCGGCACGGCAUGUCAGUAUGAGCUGGAAGUCUUGGUCUCGCCGCUUUCCCAGUAUCACUUCAUACGGGUCACCGUGAUUAUUGAGGACGUGAACGAUCACCCUCCAAAAUUCAGCAAAGCCAUCUUGCCGCUGGAGAUACCCGAAACCAUCGCUCUUGGGACUAAAAUCCCUCUGGAGACGGCAGAGGACCCGGACGUGGGUGUCAACUCCGUGCAAGAGUAUUCCCUGUUGAAUGACUUUGGUGGUAAGUUUGGGCUCUUUGUCCAACGCUACGCCGACAACUCUGUGUCGUUACAGCUUGAGGUAACAGGUGAGUUGGAUCGCGAGACGCGCAGUAGCUAUUUGCUGACCCUCUUGGCUCAUGACGGAGGGGACCCUCCCAAGACAGGCUCUGUCAUCCUGAAUGUCACAGUCCUUGACUCCAACGACAAUGCCCCACAGUUCCUGCGUCCUAACUACGUGGUCAGCAUCGAGGAGAAUGCGGCAGUCGGCACUGAAAUCCUGCAAGUGGAAGCCAUGGAUCCAGACUGGGGCACCAAUGGACAAAUUGAGUACUCGUUCAGCAGCAGUGUGACCCAAGCCACUCGUCAAGUGCUCCAGAUUGAUGAAGUGACUGGGAUGAUCACUGUCAAAGGACUCCUGGAUUUCGAGCAGCAACAGAGCUUCCAACUUGUCAUCAGAGCUGCAAACAGAGUGACCAAUCCAGUACCCGACUUCACCACUGUCACCAUCAACAUCAUCGACAUCAAUGACAACUAUCCAUCACUAACAGUAAAUGCUUUGGAAGCUGGAGCCAACGGCUGGGUGUAUAUCUCUGAAGACACCCCAACGGGCACACCUGUAGCAUUUGUCAAAGCAUCAGAUCCUGAUGGUGGUAGCAGUGGAAGGGUUCGCAUCUCUUUAUCCAACACCCUCUCUGAUUUUGGCCUCCAAGAGGUCAGUGAUGGACAGUACUUCCUCAGCACUCUUCGGACCUUAGACAGGGAAGCUGUGGACGUCUACAACAUAUCAAUUCAGGCGAUGGAUCAGGGAUCUCCACCCAAGACAACCAUUAGCCAUCUUGUGAUUAUUGUCGAGGACAUCAAUGACAAUCCCCCUUAUUUCGCUACACCUAUUUACUAUGCCAAUGUUGAUGAGAACAAUCAUCUGUCCUUACCCGUUGCUACUCUAUCAGCUAGUGAUCCUGAUGAAGGAAUAAAUGCAGAUAUUACCUAUCAGCUGUGGACACAAAGAGACAUGUUUGCCGUUGAUGCUUCUUCGGGAGUGAUAACCGCAGAAGUUGUUCUCGAUCGUGAGGCUCAGUCCUCGGUUAGUCUUUUCCUCAGUGCCUGUGAUCAUGGAGUUCCUACUCGCUGUAGCAAUGCUACUGUCAUCAUUGACGUACAAGAUCAGAAUGAUCACCAGCCUGUUUUUGAAGAACCAGGUUACCAGUUCAGCAUCCCAGAGAAUCAGUUUGUCAAUUCAGUUGUUGGCUUCACAAAAGCAACAGAUGAAGAUACCGGGCCGAAUGCUCAGCUGACUUACGCCAUCAGAGAAGCCGACUCCAAUGGUGCGAGUGAUUUCUUUCACAUUGUUCCACAAACUGGGAAGAUUGUAACCACCAGAGUGAUUGAUUUUGAAGAGCACAAGGAAUUUCAAUUUACCGUGACUGCGGCAGAUCAUGGCAUAGCACCACAGACAUCGGAGGUGCUGGUUAGCAUCACCGUGAGGGAUGAGAAUGACAAUGCUCCUGAGGUUAUCUCCCCAAACAUGGGCAAUGACACUUUUUUCAUACCUCAAUCGGCAGAGGCCGGUUUCCUAGUGGUCCCUAUCCAAGCUUCUGAUCGUGACCAGGGGAUGAACGGCCAGCUCUCCUACAGUAUCAGCGGCGGUGACAUACUUGGCAUUUUUGGCAUCAAUACUGCUGGCCAGCUGCUCACGACUCAGAAAAUUGCCAGCUCGUGGGAAGGUGCUCACGAGGUGACUAUUCAGAUCUCAGAUGGCGGGACACCCACCCAGAUCACUCCUCUGGAGUUGAUUGUAGUCAUCACUGAUUUGGAUUUCAACACUUCUCUCCCUGCUGCAGUGUUCUUUGAACGCUUCAAUCUCACUGCUGCUGAUUUCGGUCUUGAGGACAAAUUUAAUAGUGGCGACAGGGACGAUGAUGGCACUCAGCAUGCAAGUCCUCUCUCCUCCUGGCCUGUCAUCACUGCCAUUGUCCUUGGCUCUCUGUUCAUCCUCCUAGUACUCAUCUUCCUCCUUGUCCACUUCAAGCGCCGCUCCAAGACCAAACCAAAGCAGGUCUACACUGUUCCAUCUGACUUGCCAAGCAGUGAUAGCCGCACCAGCACCGACUACUUCUCCGAAGUGCACAACAUGACUCCCCAGCGGAAGCUGUCAACUGAUUCUUCUCGUCUGUCCGUCACAGCAUCCCUUGGCUCGGUCCAAUCCAAGAAUAUCAUGAAGUGGCGGGCCCAGGCAGCACAGGCUAAUGGAACACUGGAUUCCAGGCUUGGUAACCAUCAGAUGACAACAUUUGGAAGUAACUCCGAUGUCAUGUCUGAUACAGUCGCAAGACGGACACCAGAUACUGAUGCCGAGGUCCAGAAGCUCCUUACCAUUCUGCGUACAGAGACUGAUGCAGUCAGUGAUAACUCCAACAGGAGUAGCUAUGACAGUGGGCAAGGAGAUCAUGACGAGCAUGACUCCACUCAAGACAUCUUCCCAAUCCAGCAUUCUGUACGUGGAGCACCUCGUUCUUCCUCCUGCCCAAAGCUCUCUGGCCUCAGUGGUCAAGGCCAAAUUCCAUCCAGGGACCAUUACAUGGCCAGCCCCCACUGCACCCCAGAAUGUGCCACACUCGGCCACUCAGACCAGUGCUGGAACCACCAAGAGCUGCCGCGUCGACCUCGCUCUGCUUCAGCAAGCAUCAUCCCACAGCAGCCUAUCCACAGGCCAAUCAGCUUGUAUGCUGACAAAUCUGUGGGUUAUGACAUGAACACCCAGAUGCCCAGCAGUAAUAAAGGAAGUGUGUCAUGGUCUGAUGAGACACCUGUCACUAAUGUAGGAAGGGGUUACCGUGAUAACUAUGGCUAUGCAUCUGCUCAGAACUACUCCAGAAGCAACGGUUCAGUAGGAACAGACAGCCAUUACAAUGGAAAUUAUGGAACUGUAGCAAGGGGCAAUUCGGGUAAGCAGCGACAUCCCCUGAACAACUCGCAUAACACGCCUCCCCAGGACCAUGUGAACAAUAAACAUUACCGGAACAGUGGCACGCCACUGAUUCUCUCGCCUAUCACUGAAGACCCAAUGGAAAUCACGGACACAAGAAUGGCAGCACGUAACCGCGAUGCCUAUAGUGAUUACAGCACUUGCCGCGGCAGCGGUGACCAAGUUUAUCCAAUCAGUACAUUGGUGCGGCAUAAGAAUGGUGAGGUCUACACUAACUAUGGACACGGUGAAUUGCAAUCACUGACACAAGAUGCAGUAGACGCUGAUGUUGGGUACCAGACUGAUGCAGCUUCGGGUUACUAUCCUCAAAACAGCGUACAGACAUGCCUUUGAAAAUGUUCCUUCCCACACAGUCUGCUGCCAUGGUGUAAAUAAGGCUGCAUCUGUAAGUAUGCAUUGGCUGCAGCUGCCAGUUACACACAGAUUAAUGGCAAAUGGAUGCCAUCAUGGGCCCUUGGUCUCCAUGGAUACAUAAACGGGCUGCGGCAUGGACAUACAGCCAAGUUUACCACAUCCAUAGACCUAACCAUGGAAUCUGGUUGUGUGUCCUGACAUCUGAAGCGAUGGUGCACGGUGAAGGUGGUGCUUUUAAAAAACAAACCAACCAAGGAUCCCAUCUGGUAAUGUUCCAAAGCAGUGGGGAUACUAAUCAUACUCUGAAAUGAACAAAGUGCCUGCCAUAGCCAAAGAUAUCUGUAUCGGAAAAAAGUAGCGACUUGCCAGGUAGUGUAAAUAUGCAAGUGUGUAUUUUAUAUAUAUUUAUCCAGCCGUUCUUUGUACACGUAUUUUUUGUUGAUUUGCAACUUUUUAUGCAUUAUUCAUCGUAAAGUUUUCAUGUUGCAGAAUUUUGGAGUCUCAGUGGUAAUGCAAAAGCCCUUAAAUGCUUAGCUAAUGUGAAUACAACCUUACUUGUGAUCUCUUUGAGGGAUGUUUUGUUCGAAGUUGUGUGACAUAACUGUCUGCAUUUUGCUAGAUGUUUUGUCAGACAAAUAUAAAAUAGGCCAAGAAUUUAUGAAAAACUAAACGUAAGGGGCAUGUUCAUGUGCUUUUUUUUUUAUCAUCAACUGAAGACCAUGUAUUUUAGAUGUUAUACAAUAUUGGUGAUUUUAAACUUGGGAAAAUGGUUUUUCUGAGUGGUGUUGAAUAUAGUAGCGAAACAUCUAGUCCACUGAAAAACAAACGGACAGAAAUGUUAAGACUUCAUAAGAGAUUAUGUGAUGGGUGCUGUAAGUAUCAGGACUAAUUUAAAAUCUUCCAGGGACCAACUGGGAAUUUUAUCAUUUCAUAGUAAUCUUGCAAUGUACAAAGUAACACAUAAUGUUCGUUGACAUCCUUGCAUUGAGACCUCUCUCUUGUCUGUUGCGCUGGGCAAAACAAGAAUUGUAGGCAAAUUUGCUGCAUUUCUGAAGCAAACAUUCAGAGAGUGGCAACGACAGCACGGAUUGUUCGAGUCCCCUAUCGAUUCCCACUUAACUCAGGUUCUGUAUUGGAUAAUACAAUACAUGCAAUACCUGGCUGCCCAAUCCACCUCCUGUAUACUUGUUCAUGCUUCUCUACUUUGUUAGGGCAUUGGAAGAUCUGUAUUCAAGACGUCAACAUUCAUUGCAACUUUAUGCUAUAUAUACAUACAAAUCAUUGCCAAUUGAACAACCCUGUUUGCAAUGGUCCUUCUCCACAUAAUUUUAUGGUCUUAUUUAUUUCUGCACAUAUUUGAGCAUAAAAAGCAGACAUUUGAAAAAUGAUCCAUUUCUGUAACCUCCAAAAUGGUUUCUCUCAGCUCUGAAAUUAAUACACGUACUGUACAUGUAUUUUUUCCACAUUUUCUAUGCACUUCCUUUUCAAAAAUCCACAAUUUUCAAAGUAUUUCUGAAAUGUUUAUCAUCUCUUGUUACCCCAAAUUCAUCAGAAUCCUUCACAGGCUUUACAAGGUGAAUUUUGAUACUUCAGGACUUCAGACCUCAACUAGGUCCGUAUUUUUAUUCUUGGUAUCUGUAUGCAAUCUCGGGUUACUGCUGUACGUUUAACCCUAACCCCCUGGGGUGUAUGUAAAAUCGUAUUGAAAUUGGAGAAUUUGGGACUGUUAGGGUUAAUUUGGAAUUUUAAUGAGAGAUACAUCUACAAUACCUGCAUAAAUCCCUAUCAUCUGAUUGGUGGAUUGUUGAUCACAUUUUACUUGACUGGAUCCCACCCCCAUUUCAUAUACAGUGGAACGUCCCUAUAACGAGCACCACUACCUGGUAUAUCGAACAUUCGGGAAUACCGAACAUCCCCCUUGGCUCUUGAAUUUUUGGUGCACUCUUGCUGAACGUUUCAGAUUUGUUUUUAAAUAAAAAAAAACACAUUUGGAACCGAUGAUUAUUACUCAAAGUUGAAGCAAAUGGCACUCAUGAUGGAACAACGGGCAGCACGUGACGCAGUCUGUAUCGUCAGUGGAUAGCGUACUGUACACAGCAUGUAAUGUGCCUACAUGUAUAUCCACAGGUGGCCACAUAGACUGGCUGCUGAGUACACGUAUGUCCGUGUAUGCAAUACAAUGUCUGCCGACUCUAGUAUAUAAAACCUUGCAUGAUGAUCUCUACAAAGCCUGGAGAUUUGAGCUCAAAAACCACCAAACGGGAAACUAAUGCAAAGACAGAUACUAGCAUACUUCACUUGCAGGAAGCUUCGAUAAAUAUCUCACUACUUUUUAUUGUUUCCAAAAAUGCUUGGCUGAUCUUUUGUUGCCAAUUUCGGACAUGUACACUUACAGUGCUACUAUAUUGGAAUGGUUCCGGGCGCUGCCCAUUUAUGUAAGUGCCAUUUUAAGAACAGGAACCAGUGGAAUUGUUUCUACAUGUACAUGUCACAUGGGGAUUUUAAGUGAUGAUACAA